AUGGACAACUUGGAAGAUGUUACAGAGCCAGUGAGUCCUAGUGGACGAUACUUCAACACCACAGUGCUAUGUGCCUAUGUUUUUGGCUUCUUAGAAUCACAAGUUCCAAUUGAACUCUCUCAAGCCAACUAUUUGUUCCAAGAUGUCUUUCUAAGAGUCAAUCCACGAUUCUCUUCCAUAAUGGUGAGAGAUGAAGAAGGAGAAAUGAAAUGGAAAAGGGUGGAGGUGAAGGCUGAAGAUCACAUAAAGGUUCCAACAUUCCCUGAAAACGAGUCACUAGAAUUUUAUGACCAAUAUUUUGAUGAGUACGUGACAAGGUUACUGAUGGAAAAAACACCCCAAGAUAAACCCCUUUGGGAAAUUCAUGUGAUCAAAUACCCUACAACCACUUGUGCUGGCACCUUAAUAUUCAAACUUCACCAUGCACUUGGAGAUGGUUACUCCCUUAUGGGAGCUCUUCUCUCUUGUCUUCGAAGAGCUGAUGACCCUUCUCUUCCUCUCUCCUUUCCCUCACGAAAAUCUUCUUCAUCAUUACCUUCCAAGAAGGGUUUCUUCAGGUGGUUCCCUUCCACGGUGUUCUCUUUUUUCAACUCUAUUUCAGAUUUUGGAUGGAGCAUAGUGAAAAGUUCAGUUGUUGCGGAUGACAAGUCACCUAUAAGGAAUGGUGAGGAAGGAGUUGAGUCUCUGCCGUGUGUGAUAUCAAACAUAUCCUUCUCUCUUGAUCAAGUCAAAAACAUCAAGUCCAAGCUUGGAGUGACAAUAAACGAUGUGAUUACUGGGGCAAUCUUCUAUGGGAUUAGGCUAUACAUGGAAGAGAUUGAUAACAAGGCAGGGAAAGCAAAUUCCACAGGAUUGGUGAUGCUUAGUACAAGGAACAUUGGAAGCUACCAAUCAAUCCAAGAAAUGAUGAAGAGUGAUUCAAAAUCCCCUUGGGGGAAUCAUAUUUCUUUCUUGCAUGCACCAAUACCAAAGCUAAGCCAAGCCAGCAUAUCCAACCCCCUUCAAUUUGUGUGGAAAGCCCAAAAGAUAAUCAAGAGGAAGAGAAAUUCUUUCACAGUGUUUCUCAUUGAAUGGCUCUUAGACAUGGAGCUGAAAUUAAGAGGACAUGAGGCAGUGGCUAAACAUAUUUAUGGGACACUGAGAAACUCAAGUGUUGUUGUGUCCAACUUGAUUGGACCAGUGGAACCAAUGGUUUUGGCAAAUCACCCUGUUAAAGGCUUGUACUUCACCAUGACAGGUGGACCAGAGAGUAUAAAUAUUGCAGUUAUGAGCUACACGACAACGUUGAGAAUUACCAUGAAAACACACAAAGGGUUUAUUGAUGAGAAGAAGCUCAAAUUCUGUGUGGUGAAAGCCUUUGAGGUCAUAUCCAAAGCUGCAACGGAGAUACCCACCGAAAGCAAAGGAUAA